UCAAAUCUACAACAAUGACUGGCCGAGGCAAGGGAGGAAAAGGUCUAGGAAAGGGUGGCGCCAAGCGUCAUCGCAAAGUUUUGCGUGAUAACAUCCAGGGAAUCACCAAGCCCGCUAUCCGUCGUCUGGCUCGUCGUGGAGGAGUCAAGCGUAUCUCCGGUUUGAUCUACGAGGAAACUCGUGGUGUUCUGAAGGUGUUCCUGGAAAACGUGAUCCGUGACGCUGUUACCUAUACUGAACACGCCAAGCGGAAGACCGUCACUGCCAUGGACGUCGUUUAUGCCUUGAAACGCCAGGGACGCACUCUGUACGGUUUCGGAGGUUAAAUUAUGGAAUCAAUGCUACCAAAAACGGUCCUUUUCAGGGCCACAAAAAGUAUUUUGGAGGAAAUCGACUUGAGUUUUUUAUUGUACAAUGCACGGAAGGAAGGGUAGCUAAGCCAAUCUUCUCUGUAUCGUUCCAAUUUUAGUAUAUGUCCAAUCAAUAUAAGUUUAUUUUUACUUGUUGAAACUCAGGAUCAGGCAAUCCGCGUAUUGACGAUCUUUGGUGGAACAAGCAAUCGUAAUUGUGGCGUGGCUUUGUAAAGACAUUACUGA